CCCGGGCGCCGCCGACUGAAGUAGCAAUGGACGCGUUGGAGUCGUUGUUGGACGAAGUGGCUCUGGAGGGGCUCGAUGGCCUGUGUCUGCCAGCGCUGUGGAGCCGUCUGGAGACGCGAGUGCCGCCCUUCCCGCUGCCUUUGGAGCCCUGCACGCAGGAGUUUCUCUGGCGGGCCCUCGCCACGCACCCGGGCAUCAGCUUUUAUGAGGAGCCUCGGGAGCGACCCGACCUACAGCUCCAGGACCGGUAUGAAGAAAUUGAUUUGGAAACUGGAAUUUUGGAGUCUAGGAGGGACCCGGUGGUCCUGGAGGACGUCUACCCCAUUCAUAUGAUCUUAGAGAAUAAGGAUGGCAUCCAGGGCUCAUGCCGCUACUUUAAGGAGAGGAAAAACAUUACCAAUGACAUCAGAACCAAGUCCUUGCAGCCUCGCUGUACGAUGGUAGAAGCCUUUGACAGGUGGGGGAAGAAACUGAUCAUUGUUGCCUCCCAGGCCAUGCGGUACAGGGCUUUGAUAGGCCAGGAAGGGGAUCCGGACCUGAAGCUGCCCGACUUCUCCUACUGCAUCCUGGAGCGGCUAGGCCGGUCCAGGUGGCAAGGGGAGCUCCAGCGAGACCUUCACACCACUGCUUUCAAGGUUGAUGCUGGGAAGCUGCACUAUCACAGAAAAAUUUUGAACAAAAACGGGCUGAUUACAAUGCAGUCCCAUGUGAUUCGAUUACCCACUGGAGCCCAGCAACACUCAAUCCUCCUUCUACUGAACCGGUUUCAUGUGGACAGGAGGAGCAAAUACGACAUCCUCAUGGAGAAGCUUUCGGGCAUGCUGAGCACACGAACUAACUGUAUAGAGACGCUGGGAAAGCUGAGGGAAGAGCUGGGGCUGUGUGAAAGGACGUUUAAGCGUCUGUACCAGUAUAUGCUGAACGCCGGACUAGCCAAGGUGGUGUCUCUUCGCUUGCAAGAGAUCCACCCUGAAUGCGGACCUUGUAAGACAAAGAAAGGGACUGAUGUCAUGGUUCGGUGCCUCAAGCUGCUGAAGGAAUUUAAACGGAAUGACCAUGACGAUGACGAGGACGAGGAGGUCAUCUCCAAGACAGUGCCUCCCGUGGACAUCGUGUUCGAGCGGGAUAUGCUCACGCAGACCUACGACCUCAUUGAGCGCAGAGGCACGAAAGGAAUUUCCCAAGCUGAAAUCCGAGUGGCUAUGAAUGUGGGAAAACUAGAAGCAAGAAUGCUGUGCCGACUCCUUCAAAGAUUCAAAGUUGUCAAGGGAUUCAUGGAAGAUGAAGGUCGGCAGCGAACCACCAAGUACAUUUCCUGCGUGUUUGCAGAGGAGAGCGACCUAAGCCGGCAGUACCAAAGAGAGAAGGCCCGCAGUGAGCUCUUAACCACCGUGAGCCUGGCAUCUAUGCAGGAGGAGUCACUUCUGCCUGAAGGCGAGGACACCUUCCUCUCUGAGUCGGACAGUGAGGAGGAGAGGAGCAGCAGCAAGCGGAGACGCAGAGGGUCCCAGAAGGACACAAGAGCCUCUGUGAACCUCCGGCCUAAGACCCAGCCUCAUCACUCCACCCCAACCAAGGGUGGGUGGAAAGUUGUAAACCUACACCCAAUGAAAAAGCAGCCACCCUCCUUCCCAGGAGCCACUGAAGAGAGAGCCUGCCAGAGCCUUGCCAGCAGGGACAACCUCUUGGAUACCAGCAGCGUCUCAGAACCCAACGUGUCCUUUGUCUCCCACUGUGCGGACAGUAACAGUGGUGACAUAGCUGUGAUCGAGGAGGUCCGGGUGGAAAACCCAAAGGAGAGUAGCAGUUCCCUGAAGACUGGGAGGCACAGCUCAGGCCAAGACAAACCACAUGAAACUUACCGACUGCUGAAACGCAGGAAUCUGAUCAUAGAAGCUGUCACCAAUCUUCGCUUAAUCGAGAGUUUAUUCACGAUUCAGAAGAUGAUCAUGGAUCAGGAGAAGCAGGAAGGUGUGUCCACCAAGUGCUGCAAGAAGUCCAUUGUUCGCUUGGUGCGGAACCUGUCUGAGGAAGGUCUCUUGCGAUUGUAUCGGACCACCGUCAUUCAAGAUGGCAUCAAGAAGAAGGUGGAUCUGGUGGUGCACCCGUCCAUGGACCAGAACGACCCUCUGGUGAGAAGUGCUAUCGAGCAGGUCCGCUUCCGGAUCUCCAAUUCAAGCACAGCCAACAGGGUUAAAACUUCCCAGCCUCCAGUGCCCCAAGGGGAGGCAGAAGAAGACAGUCAAGGAAAAGAGGGCCCAAGUGGAUCAGGGGACUCUCAGCUGAGUGCUUCCUCUAGAUCAGAAAGUGGACGGAUGAAAAAAAGUGAUAAGAAAAUGGGCAUAACCCAGCUUAGAAAUUAUCACCCCAUCGUAGUUCCUGGACUGGGGCGUUCUCUAGGGUUUCUGCCCAAAAUGCCUCGCCUGCGGGUGGUCCACAUGUUUCUGUGGUACCUCAUCUACGGGCACCCUGGCAGCAAUACUGUGGAGAAGCCAAGCUUCAUCAGUGAACGGAGAACAAUAAAGCAGGAGUCGGGCAGGGCAGGCAUCCGGCCGUCCUCCUCUGGAAAUGCCUGGGAGGCCUGCUCUGAAGCCCCAUCUAAAGACAGCCAAGACGGUGUUACCUGGGAGACUGAAGUGGAGCUCGCCACGGAGACAGUGUAUGUGGACGAUGCCUCGUGGAUGCGCUACAUCCCCCCGCUCCCAGUCCACAGGGAGUUUGGCUUUGGCUGGGCUCUCGUCAGCGACAUCCUCCUCUGCCUUCCCCUCUCCAUCUUCAUCCAGAUUGUGCAAGUCAGCUACAAGGUGGACAACCUGGAAGACUUUCUGAACCACCCGCUGAAGAAGCACACGCUGAUCCGCUUUCUCCCCAGGCCCAUCCGGCAGCAGCUUCUGUACAAGAGGCGUUACAUUUUUUCGGUGGUGGAGAACCUUCAGAGGCUGUGCUACAUGGGGCUACUACAGUUUGGUCCCACGGAAAAGUUUCAGGAUAAAGAUCAGGUCUUUGUCUUCUUGAAGAAGAAUGCAGUCAUUGUUGACACCACCAUCUGCGACCCACAUUACAACCUGGCGCGCAGCAGCCGGCCCUUCGAGAGGCGCCUCUAUGUCCUGAACUCAAUGCAGGAUGUGGAAAACUACUGGUUUGACCUGCAGUGUGUCUGCCUCAACACCCCACUAGGCGUGGUGCGCUGCCCGCGCGUCAGGAAGAACAGCAGCACAGACCAGGGCAGCGACGAGGAGGGCAGCCUGCAGAAGGAGCAGGAGAGCGCCAUGGACAAGCACAACCUGGAGCGCAAGUGUGCCAUGCUGGAGUACACCACUGGAAGUCGUGAGGUGGUGGAUGAAGGCUUGAUCCCCGGAGAUGGGCUGGGUGCCGCAGGGCUUGAUUCCAGCUUCUAUGGACACCUUAAGCGCAACUGGAUCUGGACCAGCUAUAUCAUCAACCAGGCCAAAAAGGAGAACACUGCUGCAGAGAAUGGACUCACAGUGAGGCUCCAGACGUUUCUGUCUAAGCGCCCAUUGCCUCUCAGUGCCAGAGGCAACAGCAGGUUGAAUAUUUGGGGGGAAGCAAGAGUAGGCUCCGAGCUCUGUGCUGACUGGGAGGAGCAGUUUGAGGUGGACCGAGAGCCCUCGCUGGACCGAAACCGGAGAGUGAGGGGUGGGAAAAGCCAGAAACGGAAGCGGCUGAAGAAGGACCCUGGGAAGAAGAUCAAGAGAAGAAAGAAAGGAGAGUUCCCAGGAGAAAAAAGCAAAAGGCUGCGCUACCACGAUGAAGCCGACCAGAGCGCCCUGCAGCGGAUGACGCGGCUUCGCGUCACCUGGUCCAUGCAGGAGGACGGGCUGCUCGUGCUGUGCCGCAUUGCCAGCAAUGUCCUCAACACCAAGGUGAAGGGCCCAUUUGUCACCUGGCAGGUGGUACGGGACAUUUUGCAUGCCACGUUCGAAGAGUCUUUGGAUAAAACAUCUCAUUCCGUUGGACGAAGAGCUCGCUACAUAGUCAAAAACCCACAGGCCUAUCUCAACUAUAAAGUGUGCCUGGCCGAGGUGUACCAGGAUAAAGCGCUUGUUGGAGAUUUCAUGAGUCGAAGAGGUGACUACGAUGACCCAAAGGUUUGUGCCAACGAGUUUAAAGAAUUUGUGGAGAAGCUUAAAGAAAAGUUCAGUUCAGCCCUAAGGAAUUCUAACCUUGAAAUCCCAGACACACUCCAGGAGCUGUUUGCCAGGUACCGAGUUUUGGCAAUUGGGGAUGAAAAAGAUCAAACCAGGAAGGAGGAUGAACUUAACAGCGUGGAUGACAUCCACUUUCUGGUGCUCCAGAACCUGAUCCAGAGCACGUUGGCCCUCUCGGACAGUCAGAUGAAGUCCUACCAGUCAUUCCAGACUUUCCGCCUCUAUCGGGAGUACAAGGACCACGUUCUCGUGAAGGCCUUCAUGGAGUGCCAGAAGAGGAGCUUGGUCAACCGGCGCCGGGUCAACCACACGCUGGGCCCCAAGAAGAACCGGGCCCUGCCCUUCGUGCCAAUGUCCUACCAGCUAUCCCAGACCUACUACAGGAUUUUUACGUGGCGAUUUCCAAGCACCAUCUGCACGGAGUCAUUCCAGUUUUUGGACAGAAUGCGGGCUGCUGGCAAGUUGGACCAGCCUGAUCGUUUCUCUUUCAAAGACCAGGAUAAUAAUGAGCCCACAAAUGACAUGGUGGCCUUUUCACUGGACGGCCCUGGAGGAAAUUGUGUGGCCGUCCUGACCCUCUUCUCUCUGGGCCUUAUUUCCGUGGAUGUCAGGAUCCCGGAGCAGAUCAUCGUAGUAGAUAGCUCAAUGGUGGAGAAUGAGGUCAUCAAAAGCUUGGGGAAGGAUGGCAGCCUGGAGGAUGACGAGGAUGAAGAGGAUGACUUGGAUGAAGGCCUAGGGGGCAAGCGCCGGAGCAUGGAGGUGAAACCUGCUCAGGCCUCCCACACCAACUACCUGCUGAUGAGGGGCUACUACUCCCCCGGCAUCGUCAGCACCCGCAACCUCAAUCCCAAUGACAGCAUCGUGGUCAACUCCUGCCAGAUGAAGUUCCAGCUCCGCUGCAGCCCUGUGCCCGCCCGGCUCAGGCCCGCUGCCGCUCCUCUGGAAGAGCUAACAGUGGGAACCUCCUGCCUCCCUGACACGUUCACCAAGCUGAUAAAGCCCCAGGAAAACACCUGCAGCUUGGAGGAGUUUGUCCUCCAGCUGGAGCUGUCUGGGUAUAGUCCCGAAGACCUGACUGCUGCCUUGGAGAUCCUGGAAGUCAUUAUAGCCACGGGUUGUUUUGGGAUUGACAAGGAGGAGCUGCGCAGACGGUUCUCGGCCUUGGAGAAGGCAGGUGGCGGGCGCACCAGGACAUUCGCAGAUUGCGUCCAGGCCCUCCUGGAGCAGCACCAGGUGCUGGAGGUCGGCGGCAACACUGCGCGCCUGGUAGCCAUGGGCUCUGCCUGGCCCUGGCUCCUGCACUCGGUGCGGCUGAAAGACAGAGAGGAUGCCGACAUCCAGAGAGAAGACCCCCAGGCCAGACCCCCAGAGGGGUCUUCCAGGGAGGACAGCCCCCUCGAGGGGCAGGCACCUCCUCACAGCCCCCGGGGCACCAAGAGGCGUGCCAGCUGGGCCAGUGAGAAUGGGGAGACUGACACUGAGGGCACCCAGAUGACCCCUGCCAAGAGGCCAGUACUCCAGGACUCAAACUUCGCCCCCAUCCUUGGGCCCAGAGCUGAAGAUGGAGUAGAAGCCCAGGCCCCAUCUUCACCCCCAGCUCUUGAAGACACCGCUGCAGCGGGGGCAGCACGGGAAGACCGAGAGGGUGUCGGGGAGUUCAGUUCCCCAGGCCAAGAGCAGCUGAGUGGCCAGGCACAGCCUCCAGAGGGCUCUGAAGACCCCAGAGGGUUCACAGAGAGUUUUGGAGCCGGCAGCAUCUCCCAGGCAGCGCGGGAAAGGGACUGUGAGAGCAUCUGCUUCAUCGGCCGGCCAUGGCGUGUCGUGGAUGGCCACCUGAACCUGCCUGUAUGCAAGGGUAUGAUGGAGGCCAUGCUGUACCACAUCAUGACCAGGCCUGGCAUCCCUGAGAACUGCCUGCUGCGCCACUACCAGGGGGUCCUGCAGCCCAUCGCCGUGCUGGAGCUGCUCCAGGGCCUGGAGUCCCUCGGCUGCAUCCGGAAGCGCUGGCUGAGAAAGCCAAGGGCCGUCUCGCUCUUCUCCACACCCGUGGUGGAGGAGGUGGAGGUGCCCUCCAGCCUGGACGAGAGCCCCAUGGCCUUCUACGAGCCCACCUUGGACUGUACCCUCCGGCUGGGCCGUGUGUUCCCCCACGAGGUCAACUGGAACAAGUGGAUCCACCUCUAGGACCCCAAUGGGUGUUCCCUCCCUCCCAGCCACCACCUGCCACACCACUCUGCCUGAUGCUCGGCAGACCCCACUGUGCCCCAGCCUUGGGUCUGCCGAGCCUCCUGCAGCAGGGGAUGGGUGCUCUGGCCAGAGUCACAGCCCGACAUGUUUCCCACUGUCCUGGAACUCUGGAAAGAGGGGCUCCCCCACCUGCCUGCUCCCCAGGCUCUUCGGGCCUGCCCCUUGGGAACUGGCCUCAUCACACCGGGAGUUGGUGCUUGUCUCUGGGUCUCCGGAGUUCGCCCCGCCUGUGCACACCUCACAUUCCAGACUCCAGCCAUCUUGGCAGGAUCUCCUGGCUCCUUGAGUGCCCAAGUGCCACCAAGAGGAAGGGCCUUGUGGGAUAUGCCUUGCAGAAUAGGGAUCGGUGUGCACUGCUGCCGGGGGGCCUCUACAGGGACUGUGGCCCCUCGGCAGGCAGGACAUUCCAGCCCCUGGCUGGGACUGAACCACCCAGAGCAGAGCAGCUCCCUUUCCGACCUUGCAAGUCACCUGGCAGGCCCCAGCUGGGCUGGCUGUCCAUGUCCCUCGGCCUGGCUGGUGACUCCCUGCAGGCCGGAAAUGAGAAUCCCUGUAGGUUUGGGUUUUGUUUGUUUUAUUUUGUUCUUUCACCUUUUUUCCUCAUUAAAAAAAAAAAGUCCCUGU